UUGGCUGGGGCCCGCAGUCUGGCAGGACGCGGCGCUGGGUUGAGUCGUGGCAGUGUGAGGAGUGCGUGCUGCGUGCUGCGUGCUGCGUGCUGCGUGACGGGCGCCAUGAGCGACGAAGACAACGACGCGUACGACCCGGCGAGGCGGGUGUCUCUGUGCUGCCUGGAGGAGGAGAAAUUCGUCGUCCCCACCGACAGAUGUGGGGACCUGCACGUCUACGUACAGGGGGACCUGACUCAGCAGUCGAAGAGGGCAGUGUUCCUCACAGUACACGAUCUGGGCUGUAAUCAUACAUCAUUCCAUGACUUUGUGAAUCAUGCGUGUAUGACUGAGAUCAAGGAGAGGUCAGUGUUUAUACACAUCGAUGUUCCCGGACAUGAAGACAACGCAUCGAACCUCCCCGACAGUUUCCAGUUCCCCACGCUGCAGGCGCUGGGCGAAGAGCUGAUCAAGGUGGUGGAGUUCCUGAACGUGAAGUACGUGAUCGGGCUGGGCGAGGGGGCCGGCGCCAACGUGCUGGCGCGCUUCGGCCUGGCUCACCCCUCCCACGUGCUCGGCCUCAUCCUCAUCAACUGCACGGGCAGCGCCGCCUCCGUCAUGGAGGGUUUCAGGAACAAGUUUGCUGGCUGGAAGGGCGGGCAGUCUGCUGAACAGUACCUCGUGUUUCACAAGUUUGGACACCAACUGGUGAACGACACCAACCCGGACAAGGAGAAGGUGAUGGCAGAGUUCCAGACCAGGAUAAGGCGAACACUCAACCAGAAAAACCUCAAGCAGUAUGUUAACGCAUUCCUGAAUCGCAAGGACUUGUCGCUGAAGAACUGCAAGGUGGACGUCCUGCUGAUCACGGGCAUGCUCAGCCCCUACGCCUCCAUGGUAGAGAAGCUGAACCGGGACUUGGACAAGGGCAAGGUCACCUUGCUGAAGAUCGAGCGGGCGGGGGAUGUCCUCUUGCAGGCGCCCCACAAGGUGGCACAGAGCAUCCUGCUGUUCUGCAAGGGCCAGGGACUGCUCACGUCGCUGGUGAUGCCCGGCGUGGAGCGGCAGCGCACCUUCUCGGGCAGCUCUGGCGACAGCGAGGGUGGACCGCGCUCCCGCCGCAUGUCGCGCGGCAUGAGCAUGGAGGAGUACGACAAGCCCAACAUCCGGCGGCUCUCUCUGACGGCCACCUCCGCCGCCGAGCUCCUGCCCAACAAGCACAACUAGGCGCCUCUCUCUCUCUCUCUCUCGGGUUGCAUAGUGUUCUAGCUGUCGGUUUUACGUAGAAGCGACAUGUGGUCACCAUGUUUUUCGCAGUCUGUUGGUUUAUUUGUGAUGCAGCUAUUGAAAAAAAAUAAACUUUCACGGUGCAACUUAUUCUGUACAGGCCUUAAAAACAUUUUUUUCUUAACCCGCCAGAAACAUCACAUUUCAGGAAUUGUAAAUUUUUAGAGCUGAUUUUUUUACUAUUUAUCUGUAUUUUUUUUUACCGAUUUAUAUAAUUUUCUUUAACUUUCAGGCAAAUAUAUUUUUAAGAAUGGUAUCAACGACAACUAUAUAGUUUUUAGUGCGACUUUGUAAAUGAUUUUAAUUUUUUAUUUUAACUGUAUGGUUGUAUUUAAGGCAACAUCAAUUAAUUACCAAACAAAUAUUUUUUUCUGGAUUUUUGAAAUAACAUAUUUGAGCUGUGUUACAAAUAUUAAUUAUUUUUUUACUUGUUUACUACCUACAUGGUUUUUUCUGUAAAUAUUUGUAAAAUGUUGUUUACAUAAUGUCAUUGUGUAAUUUUUUACUAUUUUAUGAAAUUUAACCCUAAAAAGGUAUAUUCAUACACAUGUCGUUUGUAGCAAUAAAUUAGAUUGUUUGUUUCUUGUAUAUAAUUUUAAGAUGAUCUUGCCUUUCAAUGUUAGUAUCUUGCACUACACAAAUCUUAUAGCCUAGCAUAUUACUAAUAAAAAAUAUAAUAAUAAUUGGGAAAUUUUUUAUUAAGUUUGUAACAUCAUUUAUUUCAAUUCAACUUACUUUGUUUAGGUGUACUAAAGUAAAUUAUUAGUUAAGACCCAUAUUUUGAAGUGUUAUGAAAAUAUUUAGGACAAUAUUUGACAAUCAAUUUUGUUGUAAAUUUUUUCCUUGCCAUAUUUUACAUGUAAAUUAUUUGAAAAUAGUUCUCAGAAGUGUUGUUAGUUUGAAAAGUGGUUUCAGAUAAAAAAAUUUACAAUCUUAAAAAGUAUUUUCUAAGGUGAAGAUGAAUAAAUGUCACUUAUGUACCUUGUAAAAUAAAUAGCCUAUUAUUUGGUUAUUUGAAUGUUAAUCAAGGUAGAAACAUAACAAACUAUUUUAACAUAUUUGUUAGUUAAAUAUUUCAAAUAUGCUUUACAUUAAUUAUUGAAACUUUUUUGUAGGUUGUGGCUACAAAUGCAACAAUUUUUUUUAAUUUUAGCAUUUUGAGAAUAUAUUGAGCACUAAAAUGAGUGUUGAUUUAUUCAAACAUGUAAUUUGAUUUCCAUAUUAAUAGCUGUUAGCAUAUGUCAUAUAAUAUCAAUAAUUUUUCAGGAUAAAAAUGUUUGUGAAUAUUACUGAGGAAAAAUUACAUUAAAGGAUUCAAAACUAAAAUGAAAUAAUGAACUUAUAUGUUUUAACUAAAUUAAAGAAACUGCUUUUUAGACUAUGGCAUUUUGAACUUGCCAGACUGGAUAAGUGCCAAACAAAAAAAAUCUUAUUUUUUAAUGUUUUUUCUUUGUUUUCAUCCUCAUUUGUUCAUCCAAUCCAUGCAUGUGUCAUGUUAGUUAUUUUGUACUACUUUCCAACGUGAGAAUUUAUUCACUUUUCAAGUAAUUAUUUGAACAGUAAUAAAAUUCAUUCUCUAUUGCAUACAUAAUGUCUUACUGUCAACAGAAGGUUUAUUUCAUGUUGCAGACGAUUUUUGGAAGUAACUGUACUAAAAAGUGCUAAUGUAUUAUUCCCAUUAUGUGUAUAGUUCAUAAAAGUUGAUAGUGGCACAUAAUAGAUAAGAUUCAUGCAUCAUAAAAUUAGAUAUUUUUUUUAUUUAUGCUGAUCACAAUACUUAUAAAUUGUAUAUUUUAGUUAAUUUGCUUUGUGCUCCUCUUCAGUUAUCUUUUGCUUUAAUUCACUCUUUUGAUAACAUCAGAUUUCUUUCUUAAUCCUAGCUAUUCCAUUUUUUUAAAUUCGGUUUUUAACUUUGCGAAUUUUGAAUGGAAAUCUCUUGCAAUAGAUAUUUCUCAAUUAAUUAGUUUUCUUGCCAUAUUUUAUUUUCCUCCAAUUAUAUUUUUUCCCGUUAAUUCACUAACUAUUUUAAUUUUUGAUUAAUAUUUUUUUACAUUAAUAUUUUAUUAACUCCAACACUUAACCAGUACUAGACAAUUAUAAAUUACAAAUCUUUAUGUAAAUUGAUAUUUUCUUCUUUAAUGUAAGCUGUAAUUUUUCAUACAAACCAGCAAUCAUCAAAAUAUGCUUUUAAAAAUUCACAAUAUAGUAAUAAUGAUGAUGUUAAUUAAAUAUUUGAUUUAUCUAUGUCUGUACUAUGUACAUAUCGUAUGUAUAAAAUACAAUUUAAAAAUAUAUUAUCUCUAUGGCUGCCAAAAAUAUCAACCAAAUUAUGGAAACAUUUUAUAAUAAUUGUUGUAGUAUUUUUGUACACACUGUGGGGUUGAAUACUUUCUCACAUUAUGUAUAUUGCCGAUAAGUGAUAGAUGAAAGUUUUAUAUAGAAUACUUUGUCAUGUAUAGUGUGUAAUUGAAUUUUCAAAGUUUUGAGGCUGUAUAUUUUUAGAUAACUGUUGCCAGUUGUGAGUUCUGUAGUAAUCUGUGAUGUGUUUCAGUGUUGUAUAGUACUUUGUAUUGGUUAUUCACCAUCACAAAAGUUUUAUUCGGUUGCAUUUGUGUAUAGGUGCCGAUGAGCACAGUGCAUACUCAUAUUUUACUCCUGGACCACUUGAAGGUGCAGCAAAUAGUAAAAAUUUCCGAAAUUUGCAAACAAUUUGAGACCCUCAAUCUUUGUUUGUAUGUAGUUGAGUUUUCAAUUACAGCUUGUGCCUGCUGAUAUUUUUAUCUGAAAGCUACAAAACAUUUUCAGGAACAUUAAUGUACAUUCAUCCUUUUAAUUUCAAACUUUUAAAAAAGGACAUUUUGCUAACCAGAACUGAAAUAAAUCUUAAUUUUAUUUUUUACUGGUUUCUCAAGAGUAGCAUUUAGAAAUAUUACCUCAUUGCACAGUAUUACUAUAUUUAACUAUUACCUUUGAAAACUUUAGGAACAACAUGGGUAUUUUUUUUACUUGUGAACCCAACAGCAGUUAAUAAAAUAACACAUACAUUUUUUACAAUAUUAUAUAAUGAAUGGUACUCAAUACAUACCACAUUUGGAAGUAAUUGUCACCAUGACAUAAAUACUCUAUAAAUAAUUAAAAUGUUUAAAAUCAAUGUGUAUAAAAUUUAAUGCUUCUUGUAAACAUAAGAUCUUUCGGACUAGUUAAGAUGUAUCACAUUUAAUUUGUAAACACCUUAUAAUAUGUAUAAUGCUAAGUGUUGUAUUAUUUUAGUUAUUGUAAUUAUUUACUGCAUCACAUGGUCCUUGCUUCACCAUAACGUGUUCUCUGCAGAAUGAUUUGAAACUAGGCUCUAAAAUACAUCGGACUGUUAUUUUUCAUAUUAGUCAAGGGAACAACGUAUAUAUUUAUAAUUGAAUAAAUAAAUGUUGUGAUUA